AACAGAAGCUUUUCUUUACCAUUGUAUUCCUACAAAAAAGCCUUUUCCAGGCUCCAAAGGACAGAAUUCUUUCCCAAGUAUAAAAACUAAAUAGAUUGAAAAUGACUACAGACUGUCCUCCUACCAUUGCUUUAAGAAAGACUACGAAACUCGACAAAGAUCAAUCAUUAAACUUUUUAGAAGGAUACGUUCGAAAGAUUGAGCAAUUUCAAGAUGAGAAGUCAGGAAGCGAAAGCGUUUUAUCACAAUUGACUCGAGUUUUAAUGUAUCUGAGAGGUGAAGAUGUACCUCUCCUUGCUAGCAAUCCAGUCAACGAGAUUCCAUCAACGAAAGAAGUCGACGAAGAAACACCUAGCAAACAAGAAGAAGCACCUUCAAAGAAACAUAGUCGUGAAGAAGAUACAUCUGCCUUAUCAAAAGAGGAGCGUAAACGUUUGAAGAAAGAGCAGAAGAAGUUAGCACGAAGAGAGAAGGAAGAAUCUCGUAAAGCAGGUCAAGAAAAAGAACAAAAAGAAGAUGAAAAUAAUCAAGAUGAUGAUUAAUCUCGUCUCUUCUUCGGCUCAUCAGGGUUCACCGGUAGUGUGGUAAACUGUUCUGCUUAAAAAAUAUAUUAUUUACUGGUUUUGGGAUGCUGCUCAUAUUUUGACUUGUAUUAGAACAAAAUAGAAUUUUUUUAUUAUUAUUUCAUAUUUCAUAAAAGUUCAGUUGCCAUUUUCAGAGCUGUAACAUUGUUACUGUUCCGAGCCGAUGAACG